CACAUCAAAACCUGAUGAAAACAGACAGCUCCGUCAGCUGCUAGCAGACAGUUGUGCUCAAGGAACCGUGGUCGAACAUCUGCUCAAAGGACACGAUUAUAUUGACUUUCACCUGGAUAAUCUGAGACAACAUUAUUCGCCCUGUACUGAUCACACCGCAAACCUGAGGGGAAACGAGUUAGGGUAGUUGAGGUUUAAGCACAGUCAGCUGUAACACUUGUUCUGCCAUGGAGUUUCCCGAUUUAGGAGAGCACUGCUCUGAGAAGACCUGUAAACGUUUAGAUUUUCUUCCCAUGAGAUGCGACGCCUGUCAAGAGAUUUUCUGCAAGGACCACAUAUCAUACUUAAAUCAUAAAUGCAUGUCCUCUUACAAAAAGGAUGUUCAGGUUCCUGUUUGUCCUUUGUGCAACAUCCCCAUUCCCAUCAAGAGAGGAGAGAUGCCCGACAUCAAAGUCGGUGAACACAUUGAUCGUGAUUGCAAAUCAGAUCCUGCGCAGAGAAAGAGAAAGAUUUUUACCAACAAGUGUUCUAAAGGAGGCUGUAAGCAGAAGGAAAUGAUGAGAGUGACCUGUGAUCAGUGUCACUCAAAUUACUGUCUUAAACACCGGCACCCUUUAGACCAUGAUUGUAAUGCGGAUGGGAAACCUCUGUCCAAAUCAGGAAAUGCUGCUGUAGCAAGAUCCCAGAAGGCUUCCUCCUCCUCUGCCUCCGGAUCAAGCUCAUCUGCUUCAGGAAACCCUCGACCUGUUUCUAAUGGCCUCAGUGCAAACAACAGAGGCCACAACAGCGGCUCCACCCCGCGGAUCCCUACUUCCGUAUCGGCACAGAAUGUAAUACCAGCAUCAGCUUCAUUUCAGGCCGGCUUGACAGAGGAGCAGGCUUUACAAAGGGCUCUGGAGAUGUCUCUGGCUGAGUCCAGGCAGACGGUUCAGCCGGCCCCUAGCCCUCAGGAACAGGAGGAUCUAGCUCUGGCUCAGGCUCUUGCUGCCAGUGAAGAAGAGUUUAGGCGUCAGCAGCAGAGACAACAGGUACCCGGAAAGCUUAGCCGUCAGUAGCAUGCUAACAGGAAUGCAUGUUAGGGAGUCCAAACAGUCCAACUGUUGCCUUUCUUAAUCCACGAUCACCAUUUCAACUUUCAGCUGAGCUAAUUAUCUAGAAAUUGCACAUGUGGAGUUUCCCUCUGCAGGAUCAAUGAUUGUUAAAUGAAGGAAUCCUCUGAAGUUUGCUCUGAUGAUAUUACCGCCUUCUACAAUAUAAGCACAUACUUUCCCAGCAGGAUCUGUCAUUUUUACUGAUGAUUUGCUCUGUACAUAUUUUAUAUGCUCUUCAUGAAGACACCAUUAUAUUAACAUUUAUGAAUAUGAAAUAAAUUAUUGCAAAGAUGCACCCUGAA